GCACUGAUGGGUGACACUGAAUGGCAGCUCAGAUGGGCACUGAUAUGUGGCAUUGAUGUGCACUGGUAGCACUGAUAUGUGGCAUUGAUGUGCACUGGCACGAGGCACUGAUGAGCACUGACACAAUGGACACUGACAGGUGGCACUUCUGGGGUUACACUGAUCAUCAGGGCACAUUGAUCGUCAGUGCCCUGAUGAUCACUGUCAGCGUGACAGCUCGAAAGGAAGAGAAAUGCCGAUAACCGGCAUUUCCCUGUUUACAUGUGAUCAGCUGUGAUUGGACACAGCUGAUCACAU